AUGUUGGAGAAGUUUUUGAAAUCCCCGCACUCGUCUUCCUCAGAGGGCCAUCUUAGCCCAAAGGGAGACGACAGAUUCAAUGACGCCGAACAUGGGCUUCACGACAGUUCGAAGAUCCCAGCUGAACAGGUCAACACUGUUCCCGACGAAGCUGCUCAGGAUGGAGUCACACAGGCGGAGGCUAUCACGCUCACAUGGACCAAGUUAUCCUUAGGAGCAGCCUAUAUUCUAAUGUGGUUCUUGUACCUUGUAAACGCCUUCCAGUCUUCCAUCACGGCUAAUCUCUCGGCCUUCGUGACGAGCGGCUUUGAGUCCCACUCCUUGAUUCCUGUUAUCCAGAUUGUGUCCAGUGUAAUGUCCGCAGCAACAUACAUGCCGUUGGCCAAAGUGUUGAACAUAUGGGACCGCUCGAUUGGUUUCCUGUUCAUGGCCUCAUUCGCGACCCUGGGAUUGAUAUUGUCAGCAACAUGCUCGAAUAUUGAAACCUACUGUGCAGCACAGGUAUUCUACAGUAUCGGCUUUGCGGGCAUGAUCUUCAGUAUCGAUGUCAUCACGGCGGAUACAUCAUCGUUGCGGGAUCGGGGCCUUGCAUUUGCAUUCACCUCCUCUCCCUACAUUAUUACCGCAUAUGCAGGCCCAAAGGCUGCCGAGGGUUUCUAUGCCGCUAAUUGGCGAUGGGCAUAUGGCUGCUUUUCCAUAAUCCUUCCCGUAUUUGCCGUGCCGAUGUUUGCACUACUUCGGUACAACCGCUCCAAGGCAAAGAAGCGCGGGUUUCUGCAGCCCAAGGAGGACAGCGGACGGACAUGGAUGCAGAGUAUCAUCUAUUACAUCAUUCAGUUUGACCUUCUGGGAACCUUUCUCCUGGCGGCUGGUCUAGUCCUUUUCCUCCUCCCUUUCACCAUCGCCGGUUCCGCAGAGGAUGGAUGGAAGUCUGCUCAUAUCAUUGCGAUGCUGGUUCUCGGUGUCGUCUGUCUCGUUGUCUUUGGCUUGGCAGAACGAUUUGUUGCUCCAGUGCCUUUCCUGCCCUGGAAGAUUCUGGUCUCCCGAACGGUUAUCGGUGCCUGUCUCCUGGAUGUUACAUACCAAAUUGCUCACUACUGCUGGAACGUCUACUUCACAUCGUACCUACAGGUUGUGUACGGCACGAGCCUGGCAAAAGCCGGGUACAUCAACAGCAUCUUCGACGUAGUGUCCGGCGUGUGGCUCAUCGGUGUCGGUCUGCUGAUCAAGUUCACUGGGCGUUUUCGAUGGCUGAUUUUCUGCGCCGUCCCUCUCUACUUGCUUGGGGUGGGCUUGAUGAUUUACUUCCGGAAGCCCAACUGGUCCGUCGGUUUUACCAUCAUGUGUCAGAUCUUCCUUGCAUUUGCCGGUGGCACUAUGAUUAUCUGUCAGCAGGUGGCAGUCCUGGCGGCGAGUGAUCACAACCAUGUUGCCUCGGCCCUGGCAUUCCUGAAUUGCUUUGGUUCCAUGGGUGGUGCCAUCGGCAGUAGUAUCUCCGGUGCGAUCUGGACGCACACUUUGCCGGACGCAUUGAAGAGUAGGCUUCCUGCCUCCGCACUGCCUGACUGGGAAGCGAUCUAUGAUUCCCUCGAAACUCAGCUCAGCUAUGAACGUGGCUCGGCGGUCCGAACUGCCAUUGCUUAUGCUUAUGCCUCAACUCAAAGUAAGAUGUUGAUUGCGGGAACCUGCAUUAUGGCUCUUUCUCUUAUCUGGAUGGUGGUGAUCCGAGACAUCAAGCUCACGAAAGAUAUGCAAACAAAGGGUGUCUUGUUCUAA